UUUUUUUUUCUUCUCAGCUUCCCCAACUGCGCCUUUCCGAUCCUUUCCCUUCCUCCAGCCUUUCCGAUUGUGAUCUAUCAAUCCCCAAAGCUCACUUGUAAAUCCUCCGUCUUUAUCUGCCUCUCUUCCUCCCACAUCUGGUCUUUCUUUUUUCUCUCUUCUCGCACUUGAUCCUGCAUCUUAUCUUACUAUUAUUAAUUACCGACACACUUAUUUCCACUCAUUUCUCAUACAACAACGCCGACCGUCGCCUACCUGCCCAACCUUGACCUUAGCUCGGUAUCUCCGGAACGCCCCUAAACAACCUCACAUCCGCUGUCGCUUUGGGGUAUUGCAAGUUCGCAUCUCAGCAUGCUUGCUUUUCAGCGGUACACACUCUUUCAUAUUUCCAAAUCAGCUAUUCCACCGCCGUCUCCCAAAUCGCAUCUCUUGAUUCCGUCCUUCUCCGACCAACAUCUGUGAGCUGUUCCGGUGGCCGUUCUCCUCCGACAUGGCCACCAGUCGCAGCAAUCCUAUACCUCCACCCAUCUCCCUUUCGACCACGAGCUUCGCCCCUCAUGCCGUGCCGCCGACUCCAUCGCCUAGUCGACCAGUAAUUCCCAGCUACCAGUCCCUCGACCCGUUACUCGCAAACUUAUCCCCUGAGUCCACCCUCGAAGCGCUUACCUCGACAGACGCAGUGCCGAAGAACGAACCCGCAUAUGAUAUCCUCUCCAAGAGCAUAUCCCAAGUCUCUGAGGCGGAGCGAGCUCUCGGAAUCCGCGCGGCUGUUGCGGCACAGAAUCUCAGCCUAUGGUAUAAAGAGGUACAAACGUGGGAAUGGCCGAAACGCACGGAUGCCCAACUGGGCCAAGGAUUCAUUCCGCCUUCUACCACGAUAUCCAAUACUUCAGAGCCAGAAUAUUUGGGCAGCCUUCCUGCAGAAGUUGUAGCUAAACACGAGAAACGAAUUGAGGAGAUCCGUGAUGGCAUGGAAAGUCUAGGUGUCGACGAAUUGAAAGAACACGUUCUGAACGCUCAUAUUCCUUCUCGGUCUCGCCCGUCGUCAUCCAACAGCAAUCUUUCCGGACCCCCUUCGUUCAGCUAUGUGCAAUUAAGUGAUUUCACCGCCGUUAUCACCGCCACCAUUUUGCGCGCUCUUCCACUUCUCUCCCGCCUGAACAGCCUCCUUUCCACCUGGGAUGUUCGUUUACUAGUCCUCCGUCAGGUACCAGGACUAUUGUGGAGCCUACGUCUAGCCCAAUCUGAAUUGAAUUCAGCCUUGGACUUGUUGAAGUCCUCCGAGCCCCCUAGCGAGCAGGAUGCCUUGUAUUCCAGAUCAAACUAUCAUGCUAAACGUGCUGCGCUGGAGGUGACGGUUCUUUCGGCGGGACGACGGAUGGACCGUAUGCUUGACGCGCUAGAGGGCCGGGAAGACUCGCUGCCGGAGAAUUGGAUUGAUGAAUUAGAAGCCAUCGAAUCUGGUUUUGGUAACUGGGUCAUGGACGCCGAGAAACAGACAGUUGAGAAUGAAUGGCGGCGCAUGAUGGCCAAUAAACUGCAAAGCAAAGACCACCCACAAGUAUCAAAUCAACCAGCCCCUGUAUCAGAUGGACAUAGAGCUCCCGAAGACCUUACCACCCACACCCCCGAGCCUUUCCCCCAAGCUGCACGUCCACCUUUGAUGGAAACCAUCGCUGAAGAACCCGGAAGCCCUACUGAGGACCGGAAAUCCUUCGAGGCUAUUCUUGAUCAAUCCGUCACUACCUCUCAAGGGAUUGAACAAGCUCCCACUCUUGGCUCCGGUACACCGUCCUCUCUUGAUGGCACAGAAGUGGCCAACGAUAACUCUGAAGCUAGCCGAACCCUCCAAGAGGCCGAGGCUGUAAUUGAACCGAUCGUUACCCUGGAGAGAAGUACCACGGACGCCAUGGUACUCGAUGCAUCGCCUGUUAGCGAGAAAGAAAAUGCUAAUGCGAACCCGGUCCAUGCCCAGCAAACCUCCUUAGAAUCAGCGUGCACUGCCACCGCAGCCAAGGACGUACCUUCCUCUAAUCUUAACCGGGAGGAAGUAACGUUUCCCGAAGAUAUCCUGCAGAGAAAGACGGAACCUAUGUGUGGACUCCAAAAAGCAGCAGAAGAUCCUUUUGUUGCCCACAGCGAGGAGAUGGGACAGGCAGAACAACCGUCUCAGUCUAGAGACCUUCCUGGGAAUGCCGCCUCUCCCGACGCAGAUAGUUCCCCAGCUAGUCCAAGUUCGCGAGCAGAAACUGGGAGUGUCAUAAUACAGAGACCCAUGGGUGUAGUAGAUUCUCCAAAACUGGAAGAAACGGUAGAGUCGCAUGGUAGCGAAACGUCGAUAGUCUCAACUACCUCCCAAUCCAUCAUUGAGGUCUCUGGUGGUCAGCUACGGUCUGCAUCAGCUGAAGAAGCAACAACAACUUUGCCUAGCGUCACCGUUGAGCCCGCACCCACUGAUAUUGCUGCCUCGAUAGCGGUUAAUCGAGAUAGCUCACUUUCUUCUCGAACCAGCAGCCCUUCGUCGCCGGUGUCUUCUAGGCCACCCCCCUCGUUGACAAAUGACAAAGACACUGCAGCUCCAUCUCCAAGGCAACCUUUGGAUAGCCCAAUUAAACUGUCCAAAACCAGACCGGGACGUUUGGAUGCGGAGGAAACCAUGACCUCUCGUGGUCGACGAGUAUCGGGCGCCUCAGAAGAUUCUUCGGAUUAUCCAUCACUCGUAUCCAGCCCGGACAUCCGAGGAUUGCAUACCGUUUCUUCGAACGGAACACCGAAGCUUAUUGAGACUCCUCCAUUGUUCCAGACAGACUAUCGGCAUUCUCGCCCCAUACCGACUAAUAGCGAUCAUACAUUGCGAGAAGACCGCUUGCUUCGCUUAGACAGCGAAAAGUCUCCGCCAACAUCCUUGAAACACAACCGGGCUCUUAGCCUUCCACUACAACGAUUUAUCAAUGAACGAUUGGAUCUGGACUACGAGGAUGGGUCAAACACCGAUCUGACCAUUCCAACCAUUGACAAGAAAGUCACGGAUUCUCCCGUGAGAUCGAGUUCCCAUAAUGAUCGCCUGUGUCCAUUGUCGCAUUCGAGCAAACAGCGUCACUCCGCCCCGUUCACUGGUAUUCGACGUGCUGUUGGUCGGCGCUCUGAACUUUCUCGGGAAGACCACACAUCUUCAGGGCGUGACGGCGUUACACAGAGACAGCCCAAGGCUUGGGAGCGCAAUAAGAAUACCUCCGUGCGAAAUCCAGCACAUAAAGCUCCGCCUUCCCAACCACCCGUCCUUUCAACAGCCACCCGUGCCAGAAAGCAGCUGACUGCACACCCUAGCCUUGAAAGCAUUGGGGCGUACAAGUCUACGCCUCGUAUAUCUGGAGAGACAUUGACCGGCACAGCGAAUGAGAAGACUGGCUCCCGGCCGUCGACUCCAGGUAGCCAGAUAAAAAGGUCAAGGGAUCAUCUGGACGAGAAAAUUAGCUCUAUCCUUACUACCCUCCCGACCCGUAUCCACUUUGGAGACCGUGAGGCUGAUGCUUCAUCUGUGAUAUCGUCUUUGCCAUUGAACGCUAGGGAGCGGUUCCGCUCUAUAUCCCCACAAGGGUCAGUGUCACGCAGCGGCACGCCCACUCCAUCGCUUACUCUCACUCCUGCUGUUUCUCGUAGGAGAUAUUCUCAUGCUCCAGAGGAAAGCUCCGUGAAACUAUACCACCUGCACCAAGGUGGUAAAACCGUUCCCACCAAGCUUUUCGUCCGUUCCGUGGGAGAAAAUGGUGAGCGCGUGAUGGUACGUGUUGGUGGUGGUUGGGCAGAUUUGGCCGAAUAUCUGAGGGAGUAUGUUAUCCAUCAUGGGCGACGACACGUUUCGGACACGCCUCGUGUUGAAGUCGAAGGAUUGUCAUCUCGUGAAACGACGCCAACUUACACGCCACCGGGGAGCAGGCUUCCUAGGUCUGGCAAUGGACGAUGCACGCCGUCCCGACCCCAUUCUGUUAUCAGUAAUCGACCAUCGUCCUCACUGGCUGUCCGCAAAACGAGACGGGCCUCGAAUGUAUCUGAUAUGACCGAUCUCAGAGCAGCAAGCACAAUCGAGACACUAAACUUAUCGUCAUCCCCUAUGUCAACCGUCUCCUCGCGUAGACGGCUCUCGACUUCUUCCAAUACCUCUUUCGGUGCGGCUUCAACCAUGAGCGACGCUCGAUAUGGAUCUAUUCCUCUUGGUUUGGCGGGACCUAAGCCACGGUCUCGGCACGCCCCUAUGAGCGCAGAAAGUGAAGCGUGGGUGGAAGAUGUCCUGGGUCAAGCACGGAGAAGCUCGUCUCUAAGGCCUUUCACAUUUGGCCUAUCCCCUCCCGAGCAAGAUCAUGCUGCUGGUAAAGUUCCCACUUUACCCAAAUCUAGAAGCAUCAGUGAUAUUGGCAAAGUUGGCUCGAGCAAGCGAGUUGUCCUCCGCGGGCUUGGUAGCCGGUAAUCUGGAUCCAUCGAUGCAUUGCCCUCUUUGAUUAUUACCUCACCUCCAGCAUUUAUCCCCCUCCUAAAAUCUCCCUUCUUAUUUAUUUUGGUCUACUAGCACUGGCGUUUGCCGUUUAUUCGGGUUUUUUUUCUAUCAGAGGACGGUUUUAAGAAAAGUAUCAGGCAUUUGCAUUGUCGGUGUUUUUUUUUUUUUUCUUUCCGGCAUUUUCAGAGGGGUUCUGUUUGAAUUUGGUUUCCUCUUUGCCAUUUCCCAUUCUUUUUGACAGACAUUUAGAUGGCAUCAUUCAUCUUUGGCAUAUUUGCAUUCAAGCAAGCGUUUCGGCUUCUGUUUGUGUCUCUUGUCGUCUGUUUAUUGGUUUUUCAAUUCUUUUGCACAUAUCUAGAUACCCUCAUAUACGGUUCCUACCUUCUUCUAUGGCCGCUUUUAUGUUUAUAUUUUUAGAAGAAGAGUACAUAGGGGAUUCAAGAAUUUAUUAAACAUUGAGAAAUCACAUAGUCACCAGUCAAUUCACACCGCUACUCUUUCUAUAAUCUCACCCUUCCGAGUUGAGAGCCUCAUGCUGGCUAGAUCCAUUGCUUCGAAGAAUUCGCCUUUAGAACUGUUACGACAAUAAAAAAAAAAAAAA